AUGUCCAAUCCAUUAGUAGACCGUAUACUCAAUAAUCCGCUCACGUUUGUUGCUGCGAAAAACAAGGAACUGGAGGACCUGAAGGCAGAGGCUAGCUCAUAUAUUGUUCUUAGUGCCGGUAAGAAAAGUAUCCCAAUUUCCUCAAACACAACCAGUGCACCGGUCGCGAAAAUGGCAAAAAGAGUCGCACCGAAGACAAGAUCUUUGGCCGAAACACUUGCUGCAUACACUGGAAAAAAGUAUCGUGCUAAGAAUGAUCGCAAGCAGAAGCUCAAGGAAGCCAGAGAAGUCAACGCUCAGAAACACAUGGAUGACUCAUCCGAUGAUACACAGUACGAAUCUGCCUCUGAAUUCCAAACAGAUAAUACUGACCUGUCCUUCCAAGGAUUCAAGAGCUCGCCUGAUGAUGGUGUAGACGUGUCUCUGACUUCAAACACCGAAGAUAUUGGGGAGGCAGUCAGCGACUCUGAAACUCCCGGCUCUGUCUCGGAGACCGAGACUAUCACAAUGAGCUCUGAAAUCAGGGGCACAUCUGCUAAGUCUCCACUCUCACGGAAUGCAGAGGCAUCUGCUACCUCUUCGUCCUCUGCAGCUUCUUCCUCGUCAUCGGAUCAAGAAGCUUCAUCAGAAGCCUCAUUUCAAGAAAGUGACAGCGAGGAUCUCGGGGAAGUCGUAAAUGGAGCGGUUUUUGAUGCCAUGGCUCCUGAGCUCAUCGGCGGUCUGACUACAAAAGCAGCUGAAAGUGAUAAAGGCGAUGACGAGGAGGAAGAAAGCGAUGCCGAUGCCGAUGACAGUGAAGAUCCAGAUGUUUUAUCUGAUGCCGAUGAACAUGAACAAGAGGAAGAGGACAUUGAGGUCGAGACCGGGUUUACAGGCGAAGAACUUUCCCAACUCAAGGAGGAUUUAUUGAAAGAUGCAAAAACUGCAAUCGCAGCUGAGACCGAUAAGAACGAGAACAUUACUCCAUCAUCUCCACAGGAACUUCCUCCAACCCCACCAGACAUGAACGAUCACUACAAGGUUGGUGAAACGCCCAAGAACAUGGAAGAAACCAGUCGUAUCUCAACAGUUUGGAGUCCGGGCUUUGAAAAGAAGCGUUGUGUGGGUCUCAUAAAUUUUGGCGUUACUUGCUACAUGAACUCUGCAAUCCAGACAAUGGUUCAUAUUCCCGCAGUGCAACUGUAUCUUAUGGAGAUCCAGGCCAACAAACACAAGCAAAUAUCACCUCGCUCAGUCUCAUAUACUCUUGCGGAGCUUGCCUCUCGUAUGUGGAAUUUCUCGAAAGACAAGCGUUCAGACAGCAAAUACAUCAAGCCAAAGAAGAUGGUGCAGAGAUUGGAGGAUAUCAACUGCAUGAUGAGCGAAUGGCAACAAGAGGACUCUCAUGAGUACUUCAUGAGUCUUAUGUCUAGGCUCCAAGAAGACAGCACGCCAAAGGGUAAGAAGCUCAAUGAGUCCAUUAUCUACGAUAUCUUCGGAGGUCUUCUUGAGCAGGAAGUGAUCUGCCAAGAAUGUAAGAGCGUCAGUCUUACAAAGCAAGAAUUCUAUGAUUUGUCUUUGGGCUUCAACAAGAGAAGGCUCUCCAACGACGCCAUCGAAGAUGAAAAUGCACCAAAAUAUUCUAUUGAAAGAGCCAUCCGGGACUUCUUCAGCCUUGAAACCAUUCGUACUGAUAAAAACGAUCCAUCCUCGGGUUACUUCUGCGAAAAGUGCCACAAGAAAACCAUUGCUACUAAAAAAUCCACAAUCGAGAAGAGUCCUCAAACACUUCUAGUGCACAUGAAGAGAUUUAAGUUCAACGGGAACUCCUCACUGAAGGUUAAGCAGCCUAUUCUUUAUCAGAAAUAUCUCAAUCUCGAGAAGUUCAGUAGCAAUGGUGAGCCCAUUAGAUACCAACUAAUUGGUGUCAUUGUGCAUGAGGGCAGAUCAAUUCUGUCUGGGCACUAUGUGGCACACUGCAUGCGUCCCGAUGGAUCGUGGGCCACCUAUGAUGACGAGUACAUUAAUCUGAUCGACGAGAGACAAGCAAUGACAGACCCAUCGGCGUAUUGCUUGUUAUACACCAAAUUGCAACCUAAGGGCCAGAAGAGAGGCAGUGAAGUCAAGCACCAAACCAAGUCUAAGAAACGGUCCAAGUUGUAA